UCCCUCUCUCGACACUCGUCCAUCAUUUUCUCCUUUCCAUUUUGACAAUUUCUAAUUUUUAUUAACAGUUUCUUGAUUGCAAGCCCACACUUAUACAUAGCUCCCAACCUCUCCAGCUCAGAGCUUUCCAUUGCGCGACAAAGCUGUUCUUUUGAAUCCACCCCCCAGGAGCUGGGAAUCUUGAUUUUCAGCUCCUUUUCGUGCCCGAGAGGGAGUUUUCGUAAAUGGCGGCGAUACUAGCUUUGCCCAGCUGCUAUUGCCACAGCAUUGAACUGUCGAAUCUCAGAAGAACAGUAGAGAGCCUCGGCUUCUCGAGCUCUAUUUCUGGUCAAUCGCCUUACUUCGAGAGGAAACAGCCUGUGAGCAAUCUGCCUGUUUCAGGUGGGAAUUUUAGGUUCCAAGUUGAAAUGAGACAAACCGAGUCUCCAUCGAAAUUGGGUACCAAUGGUAGAGCUGUCAAGAUGGUGCCUGCUAGCGAGGUGGUGAAGAGGAAGAACUCGUCGAGUAAUAGAGUUGAGAUGGUGAAUGGGUCUAAGCCGGUCAUAAAUGGAACAAGUAUUGUGAAAAAGGAUUCUGUUCCGAGCCCGAAAAUCAUGAAGAGCAGUAAAGCUCGAGACUCGAAGCAGUUACCGCUGGUCGAGGAGCUGAAGGUUCUUCCCUCGGACGAAGGAUUCAGUUGGGCAAAUGAGAACUAUAAUUCAGUUCAAAGAAGCACGGAUGUCUGGUCCUUUGUCAUAGCUCUGCGUAUUCGUGUUUGGUUGGACAAUGCCCAGUGGGCAUAUUUCGGGAACUUCUCAGAAGAGAAGCAGAAAAACAGACGAAGAAAAACUGCCUCAUGGCUUCGGGAACGUGUGCUUCAGCUUGGUCCUACCUUCAUCAAACUUGGGCAGCAGUCCUCAACAAGAUCAGAUAUUUUGCCACUGGAGUUUGUUGAUGAGCUUGCCAAGUUGCAGGAUAGGGUUCCUGCCUUCUCGCCUAAGAAAGCGAGAGCCUUUAUUGAGAAGGAACUGGGAGCUCCUGUGGAUAUCCUAUUUAAGGAAUUCGAAGAUCAACCUAUUGCUGCAGCUAGUCUUGGUCAGGUACAUCGGGCUGUCCUGCAUAAUGGAGAGAGAGUAGUUGUGAAAGUUCAGAGGCCUGGAUUGAAAAGACUUUUCGAUAUUGAUCUAAAAAACUUAAAGUUGAUUGCCAAGUAUUUUCAAAGAAGCGAAACUCUAGGUGGCCCUACAAGAGACUGGAUCGGUAUUUAUGAGGAAUGUGCCACGAUUUUGUAUCAAGAGAUUGAUUAUAUCAACGAGGGGAAGAACGCUGACAAAUUCAGGAGAAACUUUCGGAACGUAAAGUGGGUCCGAGUACCUCUUGUCUAUUGGGACUACACAGCAUCGAAGGUGUUGACUCUAGAGUAUGUACCAGGUGUUAAGAUUAACCGACUGGAUAUGCUAGAUUCACGCGGUUAUGAUCGAUCUCGAAUUUCUUCACGUGCUAUUGAAGCGUAUUUGAUUCAGAUAUUGAAAACGGGGUUCUUUCACGCCGAUCCACAUCCUGGGAAUCUUGCCAUUGAUGGGAACGAAGCAAUCAUUUAUUAUGACUUUGGUAUGAUGGGGGAGAUAAAGUCUUUCACCCGUGAGAGAUUGCUUGAACUCUUCUAUUCUGUCUACGAGAAAGAUGCCGAAAAGGUCAUGAAAGCCUUGAUAGAUCUCGGAGCUCUGCAGCCCACAGGAGAUUUGUCUGCGGUAAGGAGGUCUGUCCAAUUCUUCUUGGACAACUUAUUGAGCCAAACACUGGAUCAGCAGAAGACCUUUGCUGCAAUUGGAGAAGAUUUGUUCGCGAUAGUACAAGAUCAGCCCUUCAGAUUCCCAUCUACAUUUACCUUCUUCAUGAGGGCAUUUUCAAUACUCGAAGGUAUUGGAUACAUACUCGAUCCCAACUUUUCAUUCGCGAAAAUUGCAGCACCUUAUGCCCGGGAGCUUCUCGAUCUAAAACAGAGACAGAGAACUGGGACACAGCUCGUGCAAGAAAUAAGGAAGCAAGCGGAUGAUGCUACAACAUAUACCGUAACUAUGCCGUACAGAGUCCAAAGGAUAGAAGAGUUUGUGAAUCAACUCGAGGCUGGAGAUUUGAAACUCCGAGUCCGUGUCCUAGAGUCGGAAAGAGCCGCUCGAAAAGCAACGAUACUUCAAAUGGCAACAAUGUACACGGUGUUGGGAGGAACCCUCUUGAAUCUCGGGGUCACCUUCAGCAGUCAGGGCAGCCAAUUCAUCGCAAACGGGUCAUUUGUUGGAGCAGGGGUAUUCUUUAUACUGUUCUUGAGGUCAAUGCAGCGGGUGAAGAUACUCGACAAAUUCGAGAAGAUGAUAUGAUUCCCGGACCUGAAGGCAGCUUACACUUCUCGCUUUGAUGAAACCAAUUCAAAUGUAUGUAGAUAUUGAUCAUGUUAGGCAUAAAAGAGAGGCACGUCAAACUACUAUUAUCUUUUCGAUAUGCAUAUACGAGUUUGUCUGCAUUGUCCCCCUCGCAGGCGAUGGGACAGUGAUAUCUAUACUCUGCCCAUGAUAUGCUUACAGCUUCAAAUUUACAGAACAUUGUAUGGAAACUUCUGUCUGCAUAUAGUGAAAGAAAUCAGAUCCAUUUCUUGAAA